CCGGCGACCUUCACCUUACAUAGUAGAACAUACACAAUUUAACAUAACCUUGGAGUAUGUAGAUUUACGAGCGCGUACGUACAGGCGAAUGCUAUUCGUAUCAUAGGGAACUAUUCUACUUGCUUUGCCUUGGGUCAAGAAGAUGAUGAUGAUGAGGAGGAGAAGAAGGACAAUGAUGGUGACGAUGAAGAUGUUCCUUAUGUAGUAUCCGCGCCAAACAGCGGCCAUGCUGACGUUCAUUAUCGGCGCCAUCGCCGUCGUUUUACUCCUAACACAUCUGUACAGCGCAUGCGCAAAAAACCACCGUCAGUACGGUGACAUACCCGCUGUCGACGGUCGACUACCGAUCGUUGGUAACAUAUUCGAUUUGUCCAAAACGCAUAUAGUCCUGACCGACUGGUACCGGAAGUACGGUUCCGUCUUCAGGUUCAAUCUAUUUGGGGAGGAAGUAGUAGUUCUCAGCAGCUACGAGAGCGUGUUUGAGGCCUUGGUGACGCGCGGAAGCGACUUCGCCGGCCGGCCGCACAUGUCGCGCACGGACUAUGAGGGUCGGAACCGGAACUCGAUUGUGUGGCAAUCGUACACGCCGAAAUUACAGUUUCUACGGAAGCAGAUACAUUCCUCAUUGCGCAUGUACGGAAGUGGCUUGGGUCGUCUACAACACCGGUGCGGGUUCGAGCUCGAGCAGUUGUUGGACCGGAUCGAGUCCCAACCGGACUUGACCUUUGACCCUUGGAGUCUACUGUACGACUCCGCGUGCAACAUCAUGCUAGAUCUGACAAUAGGCACAAGAUUUCCGUAUGAAGGAGAAGAUUUAUCCCAGCUCAAGAAAAUUAACGGCCUGUUUAAUCAUUCCUUCGGGCCCGGGGUAAGCCGCAUUUUGGACCGGUUUCCGUUCCUCAACUGUAUACGAGACGAGUUCAAAUCUCUGAAGACCGCGGUUGAUAUGCGUAACAGCUUCUGGGCGGACCAUAUCGGUAACCUACAGCGUCCCAGUACCCAGGACGAGUGCGUGAUACAGAGUCUCAGAGACCUCGCGGCCAAGAGCUCGAACUCGCACUUUGACAUCUCUGAGGCCACUCUGAAAGAGACCUUCACCAAUCUCAUACUGGCAGGAACGGACACCACUACCACCGCCAUCACUUGUUUAUUACUGGUUCUACUCCACAAACCGGAAAUUCAAGACCGCAUGUACCAGGAGCUAGACCACGUGGUCGGCAGAUCGCGUGCCCCGUCGCUUAGCGACCGCUCUUCGAUGCCAUAUACGGAGGCGUGCUUGUUCGAGACUUUGCGGUUAAUAUCGCACGUGCCGCUUGCGGUGCCACACGCUACAAUCUGUGAUACCACUGUCCUUGGAAAGAGGAUUCCAAAAGAUACAACGGUGUACAUCAACCUGUGGUCUCUCCACCACGACCCGGAAGUGUGGCAUGACCCCUGGGAGUUCGACCCCGGUCGCUUCCUGGACGCUGACGGUCACCUAUUACCGCCGCACCACGAAUGUCGACGAAGGCUACUUGUAUUUGGUGCUGGCCGACGCGUGUGUCUCGGGGAGUCGCUUGCUAAGAACCGUCUCUUCCUGUUCACCACUGCCCUGCUGCAGCGUUACGACUUCCGGCCCGCAUCGUCACUUCCAGAUCUCGACCCUCGCAAGUUCUCCCUGGGAAUCGUCCUACAUCCGGGUCACUUUAAUAUCAAAGCGAUUAAGCGGACGAAUGUAGAUACAACCAUAUCAGGUUGUGGAAGUUGACGACAAUCUAUAUUAAUAUCAAAAUUUACAUGAUAACACCUACAUGCGAGUCUCAAAGAGGGUUGUAUGUUUGUUCUUGUUUAGUGUCAUUAUUUGUUAAUGAGAAGAAUAACCUUACAGAUAUUAUAUUUAGUUUUUAGAGUAUGUGUGCUUCAAGUUAUGUGUACGACAGUUUUGCUAGAAAGCACAUUUGUUUAAAUUCUCGAGAUUUUGUUGCAUAUUUACCACAACAAUUUUACACGGGAAUAUCUGUAUCCUACGACUUGUUGCUGUUUCGUACUAUUUUGGCACUUUGUCACUUGCCAUAAAUAAAAGACCACGCAAUUGUGUAUAAUAAUAAUGCAAUACUGCUCCAGCAGCUGGAGUUUCACUUCUUUAUAACGACGCUUGUAAAACAAAAUGGCGAUGCUGUUUAAACUCGUUGUACCCAGGAUGAUGUGCUCGAUGUUAAAUUCCAAUGUACUCCGGUUCGUACCUUAAAAGGGCCUUUGCACGUUGUGGUAAAUUGACAAAAAUUAAAAUAGUUGUUUCAGAUUCGCAAAUUUUCGUUUUAGUUAUGAUAUAUGUGAGGAAACAGUAAAUCUGAACAUUUACCAUGCUCUAAAAUAUCCAUCAUAUGCAUCUUUUGAAGAUUUAAAAACCUGCAAAUUAUAAAGCGUUGCAACGCGAAACGAUUAAAUAAUUUGGAGAGUCUGUUGUUGUCGUUAUAUUUUGUGAUACUACGAGGAUUGCACAUAUAAAGUAUAAAAUACAUCACGAAUUGUAUCAGCACGGAUGACCGACUGGUCUAAGCGGUAGACUUUUACUCCAGGACUCCAUGGGUCAGUGGUUCGAGGCCAGUUGAGGGUUUCUUUUUUUAAAUUGUAUCCUUGUAUUUUUUACUGGAGCUUUUUAGAUCCAAUGUUUACAUUUAUCAAUACAAAGCAUUUAAUGACAAACUUCAAUACAUGCCAACGUCUGUGAAAAGUCUCCUUUUACGAAUGCUAGCUUCUUCCAGUCUCUAUGCGCUUUCAGUUGCUUAUAUUACGGUUGAUGAUACGGACUGCAUUUUACGUAUGAUUUUUAACAGUUGUGUAUGUUUAAGGAUUGAUAUGAACUUUUAUUAUUGUGUUUACUUUUUACUUCAAUUUUAGACUUUUAUACUGAUGUAAUUGUUUAUUUGUUAAACACAUUGUUUUGUCGCAUGUUUCAUGUCUUUAACAUUUUAAAAUGUUAAUUCGUGGUAUUUACCCAAAAUAUCCUGGUCGAUUAAUAAGGCGAUUAUAUCAGCUUUAUUAUGAAA